AUGACAGCCCCAUUACCUGAAUUUCCAGGGCUAUCAAAAGAAGCUAUUAAGCAAACUAUAUUACCGGAAGUUUUUCAAUGGUCUUUGGCUAAUGGAUUAAUUAUGUACCCAGCUGGUUUCUCGCCAGAAUCAGCCUCUAUUACACCAAUUAGUUUAUAUCCAACUCCUAUUCGUAAGGAUUGUUUCCAAGAUGCCAUUGAUGUUCAAAAGGCUUACAACAAAUUAUAUGCUAAAAUUUCUCAAAACUCUGCAGACAAUUGGUUGACACAAAGAAUGGAAGAAUUUGCAGAUGCUGAUCCAGAAUUUACUGGCAAAUUAUGGGCUUUGUAUUUAGAGGUCAAGAAGAUUGGGAUAUCUCAAAAGUUGAAAUUGGGUGUAUUUAGAUCAGAUUACCUUGUUGAUCAAAAAUCCAAACAAAUUAAGCAAGUAGAGUUUAAUACUGUUUCUGUUUCAUUUGGUGGUUUGUCUUCAAAAGUAGGGGAACUGCACCAAUUUUUGAACGAUACUGGUAAGUACAGCCCUAGGGGAUUGCCAUUUUAUUUAAAUGAAAUUCCGGUUUCAGCAUCAUCGCAAUUACUGGCAGAUGGUCUUGCAGCGGCUAUAAAAAAAUAUGAUGGUUCUAAUGCUAUUGUUGUAUUUAUUGUUCAACAUAAUGAAAGAAACGUUUUCGAUCAAAGGAUUUUAGAAUAUAAUUUAUUUAAAGCAUACAAUAUUAAAUCCAUUAGAUUAACCAUUGAUCAAAUUCAUACUCAUACAAAAAUGGAUGAAACUAGCAAGCGAUUAUUUUUAUCAUCUACUAACGAAGAGAUAGGUUUGGUAUACUUCCGCUCUGGCUAUACUCCGAACGAUUUUGUUACAGAACAAGACUGGAAGAAUAGAUUACAAUUAGAAGUAAGUUACGCUAUUAAGGCGCCAGAUUUGUUAACACAAUUAUCUGGUGCAAAAAAAAUUCAACAAAUGUUAACAGAUGAAUCUCAAUUAGAACGAUUUAUCUCGGAUGAUAAAAUAAGAGAUCGAUUGAUGAAAACAUUUGUAAAAAUUUAUCCUCUGGAUAAUACUCCACUUGGUAUAAAGGGUAAGAAGCUUGCAUUUGAAUCACCUGAAAACUAUGUAUUGAAACCUCAACGAGAAGGUGGUGGUAAUAACAUCUACAAAGAAGAUAUACCAACAUUCCUAUCAAAAUUAAAAGAAGAUGAAUGGGAAGCUUAUAUCUUAAUGGAAUUGAUUGAUACCUCUGUACAUGACAAUAUUCUAAUACGUGGAAGUGAAAUAUUUCAUGAGCCUAUCAUUAGUGAAUUAGGAAUUUAUGGUUGUAUAUUAUUUGAUGAUGAAAAUAUAUAUACAAAUGAUUAUAGCGGAUGGUUAUUAAGAUCGAAAUUUAGCUCCUCCAAUGAAGGUGGGGUUGCUGCUGGUUUUGGUUGUGUAGAUAGUGUGGUAUUAUAUUGA